CUUUUCGCUGCACUCGCGUGCCACUGGCAACGACAGCGACAAGUGGUCGGCCGAGGGCAGCUUCUACGGCCAGGCCGAGGCGCUCCCACCGACAGCUAAUAUGCUGCUCGUUGUGACCCUAGCCGUGGCGCUCGCGCCCGGCAGCGUGGUGCUCCCGCCGAGCCGCGGCGCGCUCCCGCUCAGCCGCGGCGCAGCCCGCGGCUGCCGCUGCGCAAAGCCGCCGGCAGAGAUGGCUGGCUUCGGAGCGCCAAAGAAGGCCCCUCCGACGCUGGAGGAGGUCGUCCGUGGCUUCGGAAACCGCCUUCCCAAGGACUUUGACAAGCCCUGCGCGUGUGGCUCGGGCGUUGCGUACGCCAAUUGCUGCCGGCCGUAUCACGCCGGAGAGGCACGAGCCGAAACAGCGACGAGAUGCCUGCAGGCCCGCUGGAGCGCCUUUGCCUACCGGCUGCCGCUCUACAUAAUGGAGAGCACGGACCAGUCGAACCCGGACCACAUGAAGGACCGCAUCAAAUGGGCCAAGAAGCUCCACAAGACGUCGAUGUUUGACAAUUUCGACUUUGCUCUUUCGAGUCUCGGUGUGGGAGAGGAGGAGCCAGGCGAGGACGGCGGCGAGGUUUGGAUGGACAACGAGUUCCACCUCGCCACCAAGAACUCGGCUGCGCCCGCGGUGGUCACCUACGAGCGGACCCGCUUCGUGCGGCGCGGCGACGAGUGGCGGUUCGCGAGCGGCGCCGUCUCAUCCGAGGCACCUGGUCUUCGAGGCCGCGAGGCGAUGAGCACGGAGGGGGCGCUCGCUUCGUUAAAGAAGGACGUCGAGUAUGCCAAGCGAUUGGUUCAGGGAAAGUGAUGAGCGGUAUCGCCCCGGGUCGCGCGUUUUCGUCGCCGCUGUCCCCACUCCCCAGUUUUAUGUCCGCGGCCCGUGCCCGUCCGCCUUCGCCGUCCGGUCACGACACUGUCUCUUCUCGGAUUCCUGUAUCCUGAUGUUGCAGUUUUGUGGAGCUGAAGAGUGGCCGGCGGGCCAUCUUUUG